CGGGCGGGCGGAGCGGGGCGGCGGGGGGCAGCGGCCGCCGCAAGAUGGAGCUGGCCCGGCGCGGCAGCGCGGACCGCGGCCCCCCCGCGCCCUGCCGGCACCCGGCGGCCUCCCCGCGCAGCCCCGCGGCGCCCGCCGCGCUCCUGGUGCCGGCGCCCUUCGGCCCGUCGGGCUGCGCCCGGGCGCCCCCCGAGGGCUGCGGCAGGGCCGCGGCGGCCUUCAGCGGCUCCCAGCCCGACGGCGUCUUCGACCCCUUCCGCCGCGGGGCCCCGCGCUCGCCGCCCGGCGCGCCCGAGGAGCGGGCCGCGGGCAGGGCCGCCCCGCCGCCGUCGCUGGACCUCGGCGGGGCCCAGCCCGACGGGGCGCGGCCCUUCUCGCCGCCCGGUGCCCCGUCCCCGGCGCUGUCGCCCGGGCCGGGCGGCCCCCCGGGCUGCGCCGUGCCGCCGGCGCCGCUGAGCCAGUCUCCGAGCCGCUCGCCCUUCCCCGAGCUCGGGGCCCUGGACCGAGCCGCCCCCGGGAAGCCGGCGCUCCCCAAAGCCGAGUCCAGCACCCACAUCUCGGCCUGGGCGGACUGCACCCCCCGGGCCGCGGGCCUGCCCAAAGCCGUCUCCAGCGAGUUCAUCGCUGGGGGGCAGCUGGGCCUCUGCAAGGCCGCGGCCCUCUCCAAAGCGAAGUCGGACGAGCUCUCCGUGUUCGUGCGGGCCGGGCCGUCCCUGAGCCCGCCGAGCUCUGCGGGCACUGCCAGGGCUGUCCUCGGCUGGCCGGGAAGGGCGCCGGGGGACGGCUCGUUCCGCAUCACAGUGGUCACCUGGAACGUGGGCACAGCUAUGCCCCCAAAUGAUGUGACAUCCCUGCUUCAUCUCAACACAGGCACGACGAAUGAUGCAGACAUGAUCGCCAUUGGGCUGCAAGAGGUGAACUCCAAGUUAAACAAGCGCCUGAAGGAUGCCCUGUUCACAGACCAGUGGAGCGAGCUCUUCAUGGACGUGCUGAGCCCCUUCCACUUUGUCCUGGUCAGCACGGUGCGAAUGCAAGGCUUGAUCCUGCUGAUAUUUGCCAAGUACUACCACCUCCCCUUCCUGCAGGACAUCCAAACAGACUGCACCAGGACGGGGCUGGGCGGCUGCUGGGGCAACAAGGGUGGGGUGAGCAUCCGGCUCUCCAUCUUCGGCCACAUGGUCUGCUUCCUGAACUGCCACCUGCCAGCGCACCUGGAGAAGGCAGAGCAGCGCAAGCAGGACUUCGCCACGAUACUGCACAUGCAGCAGUUCGAGGGGCAUGCGGCCAACGGCAUCCUGGACCAUGACCUGGUGUUCUGGUUUGGGGACCUCAACUUCCGCAUCGAGAGCCUUGACAUCCGCUUUGUGAAAUACGCCAUCGACAGCAACAUCCUGAGUCAGCUCUGGGAGAAGGACCAGCUAAACAUUGCCAAGAACACCUGGCCUGUCCUGAGUGGCUUUCAGGAGGGACCUCUGAACUUCCCACCCACGUUCAAGUUUGACGUGGGCACCAACAAGUAUGACAGCAGUGUCAAGAAGCGAAAGCCGGCCUGGACUGACCGCAUCCUCUGGAAGAUCAAGUCUCCCAGCGCUGGGCCUGGUGCGGCUGGGUGCCAGCCCGGCCGGGGUGGCCUGUCGGUGAGCCAGCUCUGCUACUGCAGCCACAUGGAGUACACUGUGAGUGACCACAAACCUGUGGCUGCCGUCUUUGCGGUGCAGUUUGCUUCCAAGGCAGACACCCCCCCGGUUGAGAUUUAUGUGGCUGAUGAGUGGAGCAGGCCUGAGCAAGCGGUUGUCAGGUUCAAGAUGGCUGCUGACUUCCACCGGAGCUCCUGGGACUGGAUCGGCCUCUACCAGGUGGGUUUUCGGCAUCCCAAAGACUACGUGUCCUAUGUCUGGGCCAGGAGUGAUGAUGAAGACUGCUGCAUGGAGAAGCAAGCGUGUGCACAGGUGGUGUUCUCAGAGGAGGUGCUGCCCCUGGGGAGAGGCGAGUACAUCCUCGGAUACUACAGCAACAACUCCAGCAGCAUCGCCGGCAUGACAGAGCCCUUCCAGAUCUCCCUGUCCAGGUCAGAGGAGGGCUCUGAAGAGGAGGAUGACAGCACCCUGGUCCUGCUGGCCUCUAAAUCCCGCAGUCCCAGCCCAGGCAAGAUGAAACAGCACCGGAGCCGGAGCCCUACCUUGGCCAAGUUCCAGGGCCUCAUCCUACGGCCAUCGAGCCGGGAGCGGGGCACCAGCCGCAGCCCCUCACCCCAGAGCCGCCGGGGCCUUGCAGGGCACCUCCCUGCCCUCCACCUGCCCAAGCAGGAGCCAGGGGGCCGUGGGGCCAAAGCCAAGGAACCGGGGCAGGCAGCCGAGUGCCAGGAGGGCAACUCCGGCUCCUUCUACCAGACUGCACGGGAGCAGUGUGGCCUAUGGCAUGUCUCUGCUGACAACUUGCUGGCCAGGGCUGACCCCAGGAACCUGGGCCUGCUGCCUGCGCUCCGUUUGGAGACAAUUGACCAGGCCACAGGCCAUCGGAGAGGGAGCGUGGACCAAGGCUACCACUGCAGGAGGAUGAGCCCCACCAGCCCCACUGGGGACCCAUGCAGCACCUCCCCAAGGGAGGGGGACCAGCCCCAGGAGCUGGACAGCCAUAGCUGUGCCACAGGACAGUGAUGCAGCAGCCCCCAGCCUUCAUGUAGGGCGCUUGCUGUGUGCUUUUCUCCACCAUUUUCCUCUUGAAACAUCCUGCCCUUUAUUUAUUGCAGUGAAUAACCCUCUGUACCUGUAACCUGUUGUAUGCCUGGCUUGUAGGGGGUCUGUCCCUGGCCCCCACGGCCUGAGAUGCUGCCCUGGUUGUGGAGGGGCUGUGAGGCAGCACAGCUGGGACAUAAGGGAGAGGAAGUCUGGUGCUGCAGUGGGGGGGCUGGGAGAAGCCCCUCAUGCACUUCAAAGGCAAGUCAGGGCAAAACACAUCCUGGCCAAGGCAGUUCAGGCCUGCUGGAGGAGAGCUGGCCUUGCAUCUGCUCCAGCUGGGGAGGUAGGACCACCCCAGGCCCGGGGUUGGUGUGGGGGGUACCCAGAAGACUGAAGCUUGCACCUUCCCUGCUGCUACCACUGUGCCUCAGCCUUAGAGAUACUGCAAGUAACACAAUAAACCAUCCUGUCUGCCCUG